AUGUCGCGACUGCGUUCAAGAAGUUGGUCCCUUUGGGGGCCUUUGAUCUGCUGCCUCUUGCGACUACUUUGGCUCAGCCUCCUGCUGACCCUCGCCUUGCAACGUCGCCAUGCACGAGCAUCAGGUGGUUCGAGUCGCAUAAAUUUCAUCCUGCAUGAGGCAUUUCCAUAUGUCGGGCUGACCCUGGUGGUGGUGCUCUGCAUGGUUCGUUUGAUCUCAGAUCCACCCAAACUUCGGGACAACGACGUGGAAAUUUGGAGUUUUUUGCUGCUGAGUUUAAUGUGUGCUCUCGGGGAAACCUACCAGAGCCUGGCGCAGCUUCUCCGCCUCGCCACCGUGGAGCCCCAAGCGUUGGACGUCGAACUCCCCGCGACUACGGACGCGUCCACGCCGACGCUGGAGUCGCCGGAGGCGACGGUGCGAAAGAAGAAGGACUCGGCGGUGUGGAAGUUAUUGAGACUGGUGGCCCACGAGUGGCCCCUCUUGAUCCAGGCGGGAAUCUUCUUAGUGGUGGCCGCUAUUGCAGAUGUGCUGAUUCCACACUACAUCAGCCAGACCAUUAGUCAGAUCAUUUUGGCCGAGGAGCAAGGCACCUUAGCCUCGCGGCCCUACAGGCUGCCAGUCCUUUCGCUGCUGCUGGCGGCGGGCGCCUCCGCGGUGUUCUCGGCCUGUCGCGGAGCCACCUUCUUCCUGAUGGGCGGACGCCUCGCGCAACGCUUGCGCUGUACCCUCUUCGCUUCUUUGAUGCAGCAAGACAUCGGCUUCUUCGACGUGACGCAGAUCGGUGAGUUGACCUCACGUAUGACACAAGAUUGUCAGCAGGUGGUGGAUCAAGCCUAUUUGAACGUGAAUGUCUUCCUACGGACCUUAGUCUCCAUUGUGGCCACUUUGGCCUUUAUGUUUUCCAUCACCACCCCUCUGACCUGCGUGGCCUUUGUGACGGUCCCUGCAGUGGUACAGAUCUCCAUGAAGUUCAGCAACACCUUUCAGCAGAUCAGUGAAGAGGCACAGAAGUCCUUGGCAGAUGCCAAUGCGGUAGCCAAUGAAUCCUUAGGCAACAUGUCCACCGUUCGCAGCUUCGCCGCCGAAGAGCUGGAAAUGCAACGCUUCGGGGUGGCCAUGGGGGUCUACAGGAAAUUGAUGAAAAAGCGGGCCACCUACUAUCUGGCAUACCUCAGUUCCACCAUGAUGCUCCCCCAGCUCGUCACCGCGCUGGUGUUGUUCUACGGCGGCAAAGUGGUCGUGCAAGGUCAGAUGAACGCAAGCAGCCUCCUCUCCUUCGUGUUCUACCUGCAGACGUUGAACAACAACUUCUCCACGCUGGGAGAUUUUUGGACCAACAUGAUCCAGGCCGCUGGCGCGGCGGUCCGCGUCUUCGAGCUGUGCGAACGCUCUCCGGAGCUGCCCAGCUCUGGAGAGAUGAAACCGCAGGAACAAAUGGGUGCCCUCGUCAUGCGGGAUUUGCACUUUCGCUACCCUGCACGGCCGGAAGUGAAGGUCUUGGAGGGUUUGAACUUGGACAUCCCUGCCAGCCAAGUGGUAGCCUUGGUUGGCCCUUCAGGCAAUGGCAAGAGCACUGUCAUCUCUUUGAUCAAGCGGCUCUACCAUGUCUCAGCUGGUGAGAUUCUGCUGGAUGGAAUUCCCAUUUGGCAGUACUCCCACUGGCACUUCCAUCAAGUUGUGUCCAUCGUGGGACAGGAGCCAGUCCUCUUCGCCCGCAGCAUCCGCGAGAACAUCUUGCUGGGCCUGGCGAAUCCCAAGGAGGUGGCCGGGAAAGCCAUUCCCGCCAGUGACGUCAAUGUGAGCGAGGAUGAGAUACGAGACUUUGCGAGGAAAGCGAACGCCGAUGAUUUCAUCUGCCGGAUGAAUCAAGGUUAUGAUGCCCUGGUGGGUGAGCGCGGUGUGCAGCUUUCAGGAGGUCAGAAGCAGCGCAUUGCCAUUGCACGGGCGCUUGCCAGGCGGCCAAAGGUGCUGCUGCUGGACGAAGCCACCAGUGCAUUGGAUGCGGAAUCGGAGCAACAGGUGCAACGUGCCAUCGACGGAAUGAUUCAGGAAGGUUGCAUGACGGUGGUGAUCAUCGCCCACCGCCUUAGCACCGUGAAAAACAGCCACAAGAUCUGUGUGAUCAAAGGUGGACAGGUGGUGGAAGAGGGAACCCACGAAGAGCUGCUGAAGCGUGGAGGGUCCUACUUCCAAUUGGUUGAAUGUCAGCUGAAUGCUGGCGAACAAAGCAGUGGAAAAAUCAGCGGCAGAGCUCCUGCGCCCCGGUUGCAGCUCCCAACGGGCGGUGCACUCGGUGCUGACGGCCAGUUUGGCUCGGGACACCUGGGGACCACCUGCUGUGGAAACGGUCCACCGGUGUUUUUGGAACGGGUCAAUGAUUAUCUGCGCCUUCAGAAUGCCUUGCGGAUCUAUGCCGAAAGGUUCGGCCCGAUUGCUGAGGUGGGAAUGCAUUGGAACUUAGACAAGACCUUGGUGGCAUCAGCUCAGGAGGGAUCCUCCAUUCGGAAUGAGCAAUGUGACCCCGACCUCUUUGAAGCGGCCUCGCAGGUGCACUGCCAUAGUCCUCGCGAUGUGAGCAUCGAGUCGCCUGGGCCACCCCCCAACGGUCCCAACGCGAACGGGCCUGGUGCUUCGUCAGAAAGGUCAGGUAUGGCCGAGGCUAUCUCCAAGACUAUUGCCAGUAUUGAGGAUUCCAUGAACCUCCCGUCCUGGCUGAAACAGAUUCGCCAGGAAAUUGUGCCCAACAAUUUGAGCCGUGUCCUGAAAUCAGAAGCCGUUUGGCUGGCGACGGGCGAUAGCCAGGAUGCCUAUGAAUUUCGCCUACUCCCAGAUCUGGAGGUUGUGUACCUUGUCCUGGUGAAAAACACUUUUAUCCAUGUUGAAGAUCCACAGCCCACUGGCGGAGGACGAAGGCGGAAAAAGUCAGCCCCCCCAUGCCUGACUUUUGGAGCGCAUCAGCCAGAAGGUCCAAAAGAUCGAUUGGGGAUGCAGCAGAAAAUCCUGGCACCCAGGUCAAGUGAUGAAGUCGGUGCUGGUAGUUCUCCCACUUUGACCGGGAGGGCCCGGAGGUGGAGCGACGACUUUGUCGAUGUCGAUUCUCCCCCUGGGGUUAUGAGGUCAAGUACCACAGCCACUGUCCAAGACCUGAUGGCGAGGUGGAUCGACGACUUUGUCGAUGUCGAUGUCAAUUCUCCCCCUGGGGUUAUGAGGUCAAGCACGACAAGCAUCGUCCAAGACCUGAUGGCGAGGUCAAGUGAUGAAGUCGGUGUUGGUGGUUCUCCCACUUUGCCUGUGAGGUGGAGCGACGACUUUGUCGAUGUCGAUUCUCCCCCUGGGGUUAUGAGGUGA